CGCCUCGCAGGACGAUGGACGACAGACAGCACAAGGCGCACAGGCCAGCACUGUCUGGCGCAAAGGCGGAGAAGAAGAAGGGAAAGGGCAAAGAAAAGCAACACGGCUAUAACGAAAAAGCAUUUGCCCCCAGGUCAGGUCGCAGAGCAGAACGACAGGGUCGUCGGAACAUUGAGCGCGACCAGACGCGACUUCACGUGCCACUCGUAAACCGCAUCCCUGACGAUGAGCCGCCCCCAGUUGUCGUAGCUAUCGUUGGCCCUCCCGGAGUCGGGAAGACAACUCUAGUGAAGAGUUUGGUCCGACGUUAUACGAAGCAAACGCUUAAUCAUGUCCAAGGGCCUAUCACGGUCAUUAGUGGCAAGAAGAAGAGGAUCACGUUCAUUGAGUGCAAUAGCGACCUCAACUCCAUGAUUGACAUCGCGAAGGUUGCGGACUUGGUCCUAUUGAUGAUUGACGGUUCGUACGGGUUUGAGAUGGAAACUUUCGAAUUCCUCAACAUCCUCCAAACGCACGGCUUCCCUAAAGUCAUUGGCGUCCUCACUCACCUUGACCUUAUAAAAAAGGCUUCCACGCUAAAAGAUACCAAGAAGGCUCUCAAGAAGCGAUUCUGGACCGAGAUAUACCAAGGCGCGAAGCUCUUUUAUCUCUCCGGCGUGCUCAACGGCCGCUACCCCGACACCGAGAUCCUGAAUCUCUCGCGUUUCAUCAGUGUCAUGAAGUUCCGCCCCCUUAUCUUCCGCAACUCACACUCGUACAUGCUCGCGGAUCGAAUCGAGGACCUGACGCCGCGUGAAGAGGUCCGUGCGUCGAAGGGCAAGUGCGACCGCACCGUCACCGUGUAUGGCUACCUCCGCGGCACGAACAUGCGUCCGGGCACGAAGGUGCACAUUCCCGGCGUCGGCGACCUCCAGGUGAAGAGCAUUACAAAGCUGGGAGACCCGUGCCCACUGCCGGACGCAGACAGUGAGAAGCGACGGAAGCUUAGCGAGAAACAGAAGCUGCUCGUGCAUGCGCCCAUGAGCGACAUCGGUGGGGUGAUGUACGACAAGGACGCGGUGUACAUCAACGUUCCCGGCAGUUUCACAAGAGGCAGCAACGAAGUCCCCCUAGGAGAAGGAGAGCGCAUGGUCAUGGACUUGCAGGACAUCAACACGACUCUUGACGACGCUGUUGCCCGCAGUCAGAUCAAGCUCUUUGGAUCAUCCUCAAAGCCACUCGCUGUCGAUCCUGGGCCCAGUCGGUUGCAUAGUGGGUCGGAAGACGAGGAAGACGAGGACGAGGCGGACGACAUGCCAGAGGAUGAAGACGACGAGGAUGAGUUCGAGGGAUCUGAGGGUGAAGAGGAAUGGGGUUCAGAUGCAGAGAUUGAGGGGGACGAGGACGAGGAAGAGGAAGAGGAAGAAAAAGAAGGUGGUCGAGGUCGAUCGGCACCACGUAAUGUUCGUCGCGGGACGGGGGGACUGCCAUCGGGGCAUGACCGACGAGGAAAGGCCAUCGACUUCGCGGACAGUGACUCCGAUAUGGGCGACUUCGACGAGGACGAAGACGUAGACGACGUACCCAGGCCUGGAGGCGGUGCUCGUGUGCGCUUUGACGAUGAGGAGGACGUGCACGUGCAGUCGGAUGACGAGGACGAGAUGGAUGAGGACAAGGAGGACGUCCCGCGGUGGAAGACCAACCUCGGCGGGAGGGCUCAAGCCGCAUUCGAGGAGCACAGCCGUAAGCGGCAGAGAAAUUGGAUGAAACUCAUCUAUUCGUCCUCGCUCACUCCUGAGCAAAUUGUCCGCGGCGACUCGCUUACUUCCCAGGGACAAAACAAGGACGAAGCUGAGGACGACUUCUUCACGAUCAAGUCGAAAGGCACGGUUGGCGACACGGAGGAGGAGCUCGACAUGACCAAGGAAAAGGUCGACCCAGAAGCUCUCAAGGCGUGGGAGGACGAGGAGCUAUUGGAUUCUAUCAGGAAUCUCUUCAUCACUGGUGGCUCUGGGACAGGUGACGCAGGUGGAGACGAUGGCUACGAGGACCUCGAGAGUAGUGCCGACUUUGUCGACCUGGAAGCCCAAACCGACGGCCAGGAAGGCGCAACCGCUUCCGGAGACCCCGAGACCGCCCACUCUGUCACUCUCGCGGCGAAGAAAGAGCUGCUCAAGAAAAAGUUUGACGAACAGUACGAUGACCCGGAGGACUCGAAAAUGGAUUUCUACGAGGAGAAGAAGGACGAGAUCGCCCGCCAGCUGCAGCUCAAUCGCGCCGAGUUCGAAAACAUAGAUCCUGAAGCGCGUGCGCUUGUUGAGGGCUACCGGCCAGGCUCAUACGUCCGUGUCGAGCUCACGGACGUGCCUGCGGAGAUGAUCGAGAAUUUUGACCCGGCUUACCCGAUCGUUGUCGGCGGGCUGCUGCCAGCCGAGGAGCGGCUCGGGUAUGUGCAAGUGCGCAUCAAACGGCACCGAUGGUACGCGAAGACACUCAAGACGAACGAUCCGCUCAUCUUCUCGCUCGGCUGGCGGCGGUUCCAGAGCAUCCCGAUCUACUCGCUCGACGACCACUCGAUCCGGAUGCGCAUGCUCAAGUAUACGCCCGAGCACACGCACUGCUACGCGACCUUCUAUGGCCCUGUCGCACUCCCAAACACAGGCUUCUGUGCGUUCAACUCGCUCGCGGGCGACGCCGCCGGUUUCCGCGUCUCAGCGACCGGCGUCGUGCUUGACAUCGACCGGUCGACGAAGAUCGUGAAGAAGCUUAAGCUUACGGGUGUGCCGUACAAGAUUUUCAAGAACACGGCUUUCAUCAAGGACAUGUUCAGCAGUGCACUGGAGGUCGCCAAGUUUGAGGGCGCUAACAUCAGGACCGUCUCCGGUAUUCGUGGGCAGGUCAAGAAGGCUCUGCCGAAGCCUGAUGGUGCUUUCCGUGCAACAUUCGAGGACAAGAUCCUCAUGAGCGACAUCGUCUUCUUGAGAGCCUGGUACUCGAUUCAGCCUCGCAAAUUCUACAACCCCGUGACCUCACUUCUUUUAUCGGACAAGGGCCGUUGGAGCGGCAUGCGUCUGACGGGGCAGGUUCGCCGAGAAGAAGGCCUGAAGACGCCGUUGAACGUCAACUCGACGUACAAGAAGGUCGAGCGUGCGCCACGGCGCUUCAAUGUGCUCAAGGUCCCGAGGAAGCUGCAAAAAGCGCUGCCGUACGCAUCGAAGCCGAAGUUGAUGAAGCCGCAGGGGAAGCCGACGUACAUGCAGAAGCGCGCGGUCGUGAUGGAGCCCGAGGAGAAGAAGGCGAUUGCGCUCCUACAGCAGAUCCGUGCGCUCCGGAAGGACCAGGCCGCGCGGCGAAAGGAAAAGCAGAACGAGCGCAAGGAGGUGCAUCGGAAGAAAGUCGCGAAAGAGGAGGAGCAGAAGAGCGAGAAGGAGAAGGAGAAGCGGAAAGAGUACAUGCGUGCCGCUGGUAUGAAGAGCAAGCGAGAGGCCGACAAAGAGGAAGGUCGGAGCAGCAAGCGGAGGAAAAUUUAAGCAGAUGUAGCCUGUACACCCUGCCGCAUAAGAUAUAUAUCUUCUAGUCCGUUCUUUCCGAUACUA